AUGGACCCCGAGGGAGCCAGCACGCCUGGCGAGGGCAGCCGCACCCAGCAGCAGGUCGACAAUGCCAUCCGCGCCAUUCGCGAGAAGAAGCCCCUGCCCGAGAUUGAUUUCACCAUUCAUACCAUGGAAGAUGGCACCCAGGUCAACACCAUGGAGCGAGUCUGCAAAGACGUCCAGGCCCCCGCCAUGUUCACGCCCUCUGACGAGCAGUUCUUCGAGGACGAAACCCACACAAAGCCCAACAUCAACUUCCUCAAGCAGCACUUCUACCGCGAGGGUCGCUUGACCGAGGAGCAGGCUCUAUGGAUCCUCAAGACCUGUACCGAGGUCCUGCGCGCUGAGCCCAACCUGCUCGAGAUGGAUGCGCCCAUCACCGUCUGCGGUGACGUCCACGGCCAGUACUACGACCUCAUGAAGCUGUUCGAAGUCGGAGGCGACCCCUCCGAGACGCGCUAUCUCUUCCUCGGCGACUACGUCGACAGAGGCUACUUCUCCAUCGAGUGCGUCCUGUAUCUCUGGUGCUUGAAGAUUCACUACCCCAAGACUCUGUGGCUGCUUCGCGGCAACCACGAGUGUCGCCACUUGACCGACUACUUCACCUUCAAGCUCGAGUGCAAGCACAAGUACUCCGAGGCCAUCUACGAGGCCUGCAUGGAGUCCUUCUGCUGCCUGCCCCUGGCUGCCGUCAUGAACAAGCAGUUCCUCUGCAUUCACGGUGGCCUGAGCCCGGAGCUUCACACUCUCGACGACUUGCGCAGCAUUGACCGUUUCCGCGAGCCCCCAACCCAGGGCCUCAUGUGCGACAUCCUCUGGGCCGACCCUCUCGAGGACUUUGGCCAAGAAAAGACGAGCGACUACUUUUUGCACAACCACGUCCGCGGAUGCUCCUACUUCUUCUCAUACCCCGCCGCAUGCGCAUUCCUCGAGAAGAACAACCUCCUUUCCGUCAUUCGUGCCCACGAGGCGCAAGACGCCGGCUACCGCAUGUACCGUAAGACUCGCACCACGGGUUUCCCCAGUGUCAUGACCAUCUUCUCCGCGCCGAAUUACCUCGACGUCUACAACAACAAGGCUGCCGUGCUAAAGUACGAGAACAACGUCAUGAACAUUCGCCAGUUCAACUGCACGCCUCACCCCUACUGGCUGCCCAACUUCAUGGACGUCUUCACCUGGUCGCUCCCCUUUGUCGGUGAAAAGAUUACCGAUAUGCUCAUCGCCAUCCUCAGCACGUGCUCAGAGGAGGAGCUCAAGGAGGACGCCACCCCGUCGUCCACAUCCCCCGGCCCCAUGUCGCCGCCCCUCUCCGGCGCCUCGCAGGAUCCCGAGUCGAUCGAGUACAAGAGACGGGCUAUCAAGAACAAGAUUCUGGCCAUUGGCCGUCUCUCGCGUGUAUUCCAGGUGUUGCGCGAAGAGUCGGAGCGUGUCACUGAGUUGAAGACCGUCUCCGGUGGCAGAUUGCCUGCCGGUACCCUGAUGCUAGGCGCCGAGGGUAUCAAGAACGCCAUCAACACAUUCGAGGAUGCUCGCAAGGUUGAUUUGCAGAACGAGAGACUUCCACCCAGCCACGACGAGGUUGUGAAGCAGCAAGAUGAGGACCGGAAGCAGGCGUUGGAGAAGGCGGCCGAGGAUGCGGCCAAUGACAAGAAGCUGCAGCAACUUUCUAGGAGAUUGAGCACCGACCGUAAGAGUCACAAGGGAUGA